CAAAGGAUUGGUCGGUCGCACACACUUUGACUAUCUCGCUCUCUGCCAAGAACACAAAUCACUUCGUCCCCUAAGCAAAAGUUUCUUUCGGUUUCAUUCUGGCGUUGCUCCCACAGUAAAAAUACCAGAUGAUUCUGACUGCUGUAUGCGAUCUUCUUUUUCUGCUUUGAUUAGCACUUAUGAGCACCUUAAGAAAUAUCGCAAAGCACCCAACAAUUUCUCUGAUCGAUUCCUUCACCACGCUCAAUGAGCUCAAGAAAAUCCACACCCAAUUGCUCUUUAAUGGCCUUCUGACCGAUCGCCAACUUUUAGGCCAAUUUGUUGCAUCCAUUGCCCUUAAAAACCCGACCAAUCUAGCUUACUCUAAUCAAAUUCUGGACCAAUGUGCCGACCCAACCCUAUUUACGUUAAACUCCAUGAUCAGAGCCUAUUCCAGAAGUUCAACCCCACACAAAAGCUUUCAGUUUUACAACAGAAUUCUCCAAUCCAAUGACCUUAUGUCACCAGAUAAUUACACUUUCAAUUUUCUGGUUCGGACUUGCGCGCAGUUGUCUGCUUGUGAAGCAGGUCCAACCGUUCACGGUGCGCUUAUCAAACAUGGUUUCGAAUUCGACCCACAUGUUCAAAGUGGGUUAAUCUUCAUGUAUGCUGAAAUGGGUUGCUUGAAUUCAUGCUAUCGUGUGUUCGAAUCGGUUCGGGAGCCAGAUUUAGUCUGUCAGACGGCUAUGGUGAGCGCCUGCGCCAAAUGUGGUGACACUGGUUUUGCACGAGACCUGUUCGACGAAAUGCCUCAAAGGGAUUCUAUUUCAUGGAAUGCUAUGAUUGCUGGUUAUGCACAGAGGGGCCAAUCUAGGGAGGCUUUGAAUCUGUUUAAACUUAUGCAGAUGGAUGGUGUCAAGGUGAAUGAGGUGUCUAUGGUUUCAGUUUUGACGGCCUGCACUCACUUGGGUGCACUAGACCAGGGGAGAUGGGCUCAUGCUUAUAUAGAGAGGAAUAAGAUACGGAUGACUGUCACUCUCGGUACUGCUCUUGUUGAUAUGUAUUUCAAAUGUGGGAAUGUUGAUAAGGCUAUGGAGGUGUUCUGGCAAAUGAAUGAAAAGAAUGUAUAUACAUGGAGUAGUGCCAUAGGUGGGCUUUCCAUGAAUGGUUAUGGUGAGAAGUGCCUUGAACUUUUUUCCCUCAUGAAAAAGGAAGGAGCUGCCCCUAACGAAAUAACAUUUAUUUCCAUUAUAAGAGGUUGCAGUGUGGUCGGACUGGUCGAUGAAGGUCGUCUGCAUUUCGACUCGAUGAAGAGAGACUAUGGCAUUGAACCACAACUUGAGCAUUAUGGUUGUAUGGUUGAUUUAUACGGUCGAGCUGGGCGAUUAGACGAGGCUCUAAACUUCAUUAACGCCAUGCCCCUUAAGCCACACGCAGGUGCUUGGGGAGCUCUACUCAAUGCGUGUAGAAUGUACAAGAAUAUGGAGUUGGGUGAGGUUGCCUCCAGAAAACUGGUAGAGCUCGAAGCCAAGAAUCAUGGUGCCUACGUGCUUUUGUCAAACAUAUACGCCGACACUAAGAACUGGGAAAGGGUAAGUAAUGUGCGCCAGUCUAUGAAAGUGGAAGGUGUAAGCAAGCCCCCUGGUUGCAGUGUUAUGGAGGUCAAUGGAGAAGUUCAUGAAUUCUUUGUAGGAGACAAGUCCCACCCGAAUUACGAUGCCAUCGAAACGAUGUGGGGAGAUAUUUCUAAACGACUAAAGUUAGCCGGGUACGUAGCAAAUACUAACCCUGUUCUCUUUGACAUAGAAGAAGAAGAAAAAGAAGACGCUUUGUGUAAACACAGUGAGAAGAUGGCCAUUGCAUUUGGAUUGAUUAGCCUGAAGGAGGGAUUGCCCAUUAGAAUUGUGAAGAACCUCAGAGUUUGUUGGGAUUGCCAUGAUGUGACAAAGAUGAUAUCCAAAAUUUUUAACAGGGAGAUUAUUGUGAGAGAUAGAAAUAGAUUUCACCAUUUUAGAGAUGGUGAAUGUUCUUGCAAGGAUUUUUGGUGAAAUUAACCACUCCUGAACACUUUUUUUUUCCUCAUAAAUGAUUUAUUAGACAUUCUUUUAAUUGGGUUUUUUAUGUAUGUGUUAUUGAGUUGGGCUCGAAAUCAAUAUGUUGAACCUUUCU